UAAAAAAAUUCAAUCUAAAAAUAUUUUUAUAUUAAUAAAAUAUAUAUACAAAAUUAAAAUUAAAAACAAAUAAACCCACCGUCGUACCCACCCCAUCUUUCUCCCCCCUAUUCUCUUCUCCAUCGCCUCAAAACACACCAACAAAAAAAAAAAAACUCAGAUCAAGAAUUUUAAAACAAAAAACUCAAUCCAAACCCAGAUCAAGAGAGGUUUGAUUGUAAGAUUGGAUUUUAUUUUGGUGGGAAGCUUGGGGUUUGAUUUUCUUUGGCUGGACAUGACGGAGUGGGGAGGGAAGCUGGGAUUUGGAUCUUUUGUGGUUGCAUGGUUUGGUAGUUGGUAAAAUCAUUGAAGAUUUUGAACUAUUCUUCAAGGUUGUAGGGGCUUCUUCUUCGCUUGAAUUGGAGAGAGAGAGAGAGAGGGGAUAAGGAUAUAUUGGCAUGGCAUUUCGUGGAGGUGCACAGCGCUCUCUUGGCUCAUUCCUGUAUAACAGGUUGCUUAACACUAGUUAUAGUUCUUCAAGUACUUGUACUGCUUCUGCUGCUGCCAAUGGACGUGGUUUUUCAACCUGGGUUUCAAGCAGAAGAUCUUCAUUUGCUCAAACCACAGAGAUCCCAACCUCAAUUCCUCUCAAAUUUGCCAAUACCCAAUGUGGGUUUGCUCUUUUUCUAAGAAAGUUCAGCGUGGGAACUUCUUCUUUUUCUUCUUCUGACCAAAUGAGCCUUAUAAAACAAUUGAGGGAGAGAACCAGCGCUCCAAUCAAAGACGUCAAGGCCGCUCUCAUUGAUAGCAAUUGGGACAUUGAGGCUGCACAGAAGGAAUUGAGGAGAAGAGGGAAGGUUUUGGCGUCGAAAAAGUCAUCUCGAAUGGCUGCUGAGGGUUUGCUGGCAUUGGCCCAUAGCGAGAGCAAGGCUGCUGUCAUUGAACUUAACUGCGAGACUGACUUUGUUGCUCGAAAUGAUAUCUUUCAGCACUUGGCCUUAGCUUUGGCAAAGCAAGCUUUGCUAGUUGAAAGCUCUUCUCAACUCAUUUCUGGGGUCUUCCACGUUCCCUCUGAGGAUUUGGAGGACUCGAAGUUAAAUCUUGAACAUCCAAAAGUUAGUGGAGAAAUAACUGUUCAGAAUGCAAUUACAGAAGUAGCUGCAGUGAUGGGGGAAAAUGUUAAACUUAGAAGGGGUAUUGUGAUGUCUACAACUUCACACGGUGUUGUUUCUACCUACCUCCAUACAAGUCCCCAACCAGGUUUAGGUCGUAUUGCUGGAAUUUUAUCUCUUUCAGUAGAGGACAAAAAUUCUCAAUUGGAUGCUAUCCAGCGCGUUGGUUCGCAAUUGGCAAUGCAUGUAGUGGCAGCGAAGCCCUUGUUCUUAACAAAGGAACUUGUUUCUUCUGAUGUAUUAGAGAGUGAACGUGAAAUUCUUAAGUCUCAGGCUGAAAGUACGGGUAAGUCUCAGAUGGCCAUAGAUAAAAUUGUAGAAGGUCGCUUGCGUAAAUACUAUGAGGAAGUUGUUCUUUUGGAGCAGAAGUUUAUUAUGGACGACACCCUAACUGUAAAGAAACUAUUAGAGAAUCUAUCUAUGGAAGUGGGAUCACCUGUGAAGAUUGAGAGCUUUUUCAGGAUGGAAGUGGGAGAAGGAAUUCAAAGGCUGGAAGCAUCCAGUGCAUCGGAAAACUUGGCUCAGGCUAUUUGAGGAAAUGCUGCCCUUUCAUCCACAGAAAAGUGGAGUUUAGUUCCAAACAGCUCCAGAGAUGAAUCGGGGUUGUGCCUGUUGAUUUUUGCAGAUUCUGAUGCUCUGAGAUCAUACAAACAGCAUGCGUUCUUUGUACUCACUAGAGGUAGUUAUAGUAAUGUCGAAAUGAGGUAUUUUUGUUGCCUGAUGUUUGCAGGUUCUGAUGUAAUGAGAUUUUGAAAUGCCAUUUAUGAAUUUUGUGACAGAUGUGAGAUUCUUUACUUUCUGCCAAUAAACACAAAACAAAGUAAUAAAGUUCAUGCUGUCUCUGCCACACAUUUACCUAUUC